GUAAAUUAGAAUUAUCUUCUAUUUUUAGCCUCUUUUGACAAUAAAUAAAAAUGAUAUCACUGUGCGCCGUACUCCUCUUUUCCUUAGUGUCAGCUGAUCCUAUCAAGAAGGAUGUUGUCCCUGUGGAAGAUUGUGGAUCGACAGCUGAAAUCUUGUUAAAUCUAGGAUCGACAGCUGAAAUCUUGUCUGUUGAGUUUGAUGGGUGUACUGAACCCCCCUGUAAUGUAUUCCAUGGAACAACUGCUUCGGGUAGAAUAACACUUAGAGCUAAUACACCUACUAAUACCCUCACAUGUAAAGUGUUUGGUAUAGUUGGACCUAUAGAACUACCCUUUAAUGGAUGUCCCCUGGAUGCUUGUAAAUCUCUUAUUGCUGGAGAUUGUCCUGUAGAAGAAGAUGAGAUUUUAGUUUAUGAACUUGUGCUCGAGAUUCUUGACCUGUAUCCCACUAUUGAAAUCACUGCUAAAGCUCAGCUUCUUGAUGAUAAUGGAGACACCUUUAUGUGCUUCCUACUCCCAAUUUCAAUUCAGCCAUAAAAUUUAAAUAAAAUUAAAAUAAAAUUUAAAUAAAAACAACUUUUCUCAUUUUA